AACUCUCCCUGUGGGUGUUACUCAGGUCUGCUGCUUCCUGUAUUGACGGACCACCAACAGCAGUCAUAGACGAAAGCCCUGCUGCUUUGCUGCUCACAUAACCCGGUCACAGAGCCCCCUCAAAGCCCAGUCGUAAUUUUCCGGAGGGACGCCAGACGACCACCAGCUAACACCCCCCGGUGCUACCGUCGGUUGGGUUAAAAGGGGGGGAAACGUGGCGGGCCGCUGAGUCUCGCGGCUUCCUUUUUCCGGUAGCUAGGUGGCUAAUGGCUAGCAGCAGGUAGAUAACCCGAUAAGAAGCGUCCGAAAAUAGCAAUGCGCUCACGCCAAAUACGAUAAUUACCCUUGAAGGACCCGUUCAUUAGAAACACCACAGAAUGUCACGUUUUAGCCAAACAUUUGAGUGACACGGCUCCGGAAAGUGCAAUCCUUUCGCCGACGUUAGCCUGCAGCUAAGUCGUUAGCCACCUAGACCUGAUCCUGUUGCUCGUGAGCGAACGUGGAAAAGGGCCACUUUGCUAUAAGUGCUCUGCUUGGGGCAGUUCAUUGCGUUUUUGGACAAUAUUUGGGAUUUAUAAGUUUUUUUUAGUCUGAGAUGGCUCCCAAAAAAAGACCGGGUCCGUUGAAUAUAACGCCCAUUGGAGAAGGGCAGCCCACGUCAAACACCACUGAUGCUGCAUCUGAAGCAAACCUCGAGGCCUUACAAAAGAAGCUGGGAGAACUGGACCUGGAUGAGCAACAGAAAAUGCGACUGGAAGCCUUCCUCACCCAAAAAGCGCAGGUCGGGGAGCUCAAGGAUGAGGACUUUGAGCCUAUCUGCGAGCUUGGCGCCGGGAAUGGAGGAGUGGUCAACAAGGUCCGCCACAAGCCCUCAGGUCUAGUCAUGGCUCGCAAGUUGAUCCACUUGGAAAUCAAGCCGGCCAUCAGGAACCAGAUCAUUAGAGAGCUUCAGGUCCUGCAUAAAUGCAAUUCCCCGUACAUUGUGGGGUUCUAUGGCGCAUUCUACAGCGACGGCGAGAUUAGCAUCUGUAUGGAGCACAUGGAUGGUGGGUCAUUGGACCAGGUCCUGAAGGAAGCCAGGAGAAUUCCAGAAGAAGUCUUGGGCAAAGUUAGCAUAGCCGUGUUGAGAGGUUUGGCAUACCUGCGGGAAAAGCACCAGAUCAUGCACAGAGAUGUGAAGCCCUCCAACAUUCUGGUCAACUCUCGUGGGGAGAUCAAGCUUUGCGACUUUGGAGUUAGUGGCCAGCUCAUAGAUUCCAUGGCCAACUCCUUUGUUGGAACGCGUUCCUACAUGUCGCCGGAGAGACUGCAGGGCACCCACUACUCUGUUCAGUCGGAUGUAUGGAGCAUGGGGCUGUCACUGGUGGAGCUGGCCAUCGGUCGCUACCCCAUCCCCCCACCAGACUCCAAAGAACUGGAGGCUAUCUUUGGACGGCCUAUGCUGGACGGCUGUGAGGGAGAGCCUCACUGCAACGUGCAAAGGCCGCGACCACCAGGAAGGCCCGUGAGCGGGCAUGGGAUGGACUGCAGACCUGCGAUGGCCAUCUUUGAACUAUUGGACUACAUUGUUAAUGAGCCUCCUCCUAAACUGCCACAUGGUGUAUUUACAAAUGACUUCCAAGACUUUGUAACAAAAUGCUUGAUCAAAAAUCCAGCCGAAAGGGCUGAUCUGAAGAUGCUGAUCAGUCACAUAUUCAUCAAACGAUCCGAAGUGGAGGAAGUGAACUUUGCCGGCUGGUUAUGUAAAACCAUGAACCUCAAUCAGCCCAGCACCCCCACCCGCAGCACUGAGUGAAGAGCGCCUACCAGCCCCUCCCUCCUCAAGCACUGCCCACGUCACACCUCUGGGUCUUGCUUACAUAUUCACAUACAUUCUCUUGUGCACACGCGCACACAGACACACAUGUAUUGGCACUUUUCUCAUGUUGUUUUUGGGCUUCAAAACAGUUCCGGCUUCCUCUCAUGUAAUUUGUUCACCAGCAACAGCUGCAGGGCUCUCGAGUCGUCGUACUGUAAGACUACAAGCUUCACCAGGCCAGUGUCACCUUUGCCACUCGGCUGCAAGGGAGAUGAUGCUUUGAUUGACACACUUGUUUUAUAUUAGCUAUUCUGUAUGAAUUUUUUUCUGUGGCGAUGGUUGAAGGCUGGUGGUGCUGUAUUUUAAUGACGAUGGAGAAAAUAGGAAAACCUAAAAAUAGUCAAAUCGACAUAGGUUAAGUUCAAGGUGAACACAGCAAUUUUCAUUUAUGCAGACCCCUUCUGUCAAAUUAAUGAUGUGAAAUGAUCUGCCAUAUUGUAAUUAAAUUUGAUGGGGAUAGAGCGCAAGAGAGUUGGGCACAUUCAGUCAUGUUCGCUUCAAAUAUUAUUAUUAUUAUUUUUUUUGGCUCAAUGAUUGAUCACUCUGAGGAUCACAAACCAAAGAGGAUACUCGCACUUAUCGAUGCCUAUCAGUCCACCCCCCGUGUUUCGGCACAUUUAUGAAGAACACAAUAUAUCAGUGCACUUUGGAUGAAAUUCUGUGCAGUUGCGUUGACAGUGUUUCCUCAUACAUUUCAAUCGCACUCUCCUGUAACGGGAGAGGCCAAAAAUAUACUACGUCUUUUAAUGACGUUGCGAAAACAAUGAUCAAAAUGUAUUCAUGGGAUGCUAUAGCAUGGUUUAAUCUUCCUUAUACUGUGCGUGUAUUUUGUUUUCACAGUGCGGAUGAUCCGCCAGUGUUUUGAUGAAAACCCUCUGUGCUAUCAAUAUGAAUCAUUUUUGUUCGCUAAUAUUUUCUUUGUUGUUGAUCUGUAGUUUCCUCCCCUCCUUCAGGUGUGUUUGAUUACGCUCCCCGCUGUACUGCAAAAAUGCGUGGCACUCCAAAAGCAGCCAGCAGACUUGGAUCGUGCUCCUCGCACACCUUUUUAAGCCAAGUUGCGCUAAAUUGGACAUUAAGCUUAAAGCAAAUAUUUAAUUAGUACAAAAAGGGUUCUGAGAAUGUAACCCGGGUCUUUGUUGGUCACAUGCUGGUGGUGUCGCUAGCCUUGCUCGAGCUCCUGCAUUUCUUUUUUUCUCUGCUUUUUUUUGGCUGCCCUCUCUUAAAACCUCCAAACCCCCAAACAAUGUGCAUUCGUCCCAAGCAUAAAUGAAUGCAUCGUCACUUGUAUGUGUACAAAAUAUACAAAAAUUACAGGAGUACUAUUUUGCAGUCUUAAUAUACAACUUUUUUGAUUUAUGUAAAUGACAAGGAAAAGAGUCAUUUAUUAUAAUAUAAAAAUGUGUUGGAUAUGGUUCUAAUGUAUAAAAUGAUAAAAAUAAAACUUAUUUGUGAAUGUAAAUUACAUGAUCUAUGUAAG